UUGAAAACAAAUUGUUACGGUUAACUGUGUUUCUGUUUAUUUCUUGCAUUACAUCUCCAUUACAAUGCUGCUCAAACUUUUAAUUGUUUUUUCAUUGUUUACAACAAUGUCAACAAUCAAUACCAACAAUUUGGUGGACUUGCCAUUGAAAGUACCUAAAGGAGGUCUAGUGAUUAAUGCUACUUUAACUGAUGUCAAUGGAUUGAAAAAGUAUUUUAUACAAGAGUUGGUAUCAAAUUCUGAUACAGACACCAAAGGUAAAAUUGCAAUCUCAAGUGAUGAAGAUUCCUACUCAGUACAUUAUAAAGCUGCUGCUUAUUCUGGUGUGGACAGUAAGGAACGAUUGGUUAUUCAUGGUACAAAUUGUUUACUGUUCACUUACAAGAAUAGUUGGGAUGAAACUUUACCCGGAAUUAAGAACAAUUUACUCAACCUGAUUCUCUUGAUGGGACCCUCGAUAUUGUACAGACUUGAUUCGUCGUUUGUUUGGAAAUCAGUUGCAGAUAAAAACAUCAGAGGAAUCAUGAUGAAAGGAGCAUCAACAGAAAUUAAUGGACAUUUGAAAAUUACUUUCUAUUACAAAAGUCAUCUCGAUUACCAAUCUGGAAUAAAAAGUCCAAGCAGAAUUGAAUUUAGUGGUCAUGAUCCAAUCGACCAAUCAUCUAUUCCAAAUUUAGACGAAGAGAUUCUCAUUCUAUAUAUGGAUAUCUAUUCUAUUCUACAUGUAGAUACUUACUUUAAAAACGGUGUUUCUCUAAAACAAGUCCAUAAUGAGGUUCAACCUCCACCAGGAAUCGGAUGUCCACAUUACUUAUCUGGAAAUAAACCCACACCAGUGUUGAGAGCUAACCACCUACGCUUCACCUUGGAGGAACGAGUUCAAGGUGCAACUACAUCUCGAUCACUUAGUGAGGUUCACGCUGCAGAGUAUUACGGUUUUUUGAGGAUAAAAUCAUUAUUGGUUGGUUCAGCAAGUGAAGUUAUUUACGACUAUAAACUUGGAGUUUCUUUUCAUGUUGGAACGGAUGGAUCUGUAACUGUAGCAGCCGUAGACUCGAAUAUACCAGGAAACAAUGGUUACUUCAAUUUGGAUUCUUAUUUCAUGCUCGCUGGUAGGUAA